AUGGAUCGAAUGCCGGCAUCGUGCGCACGGCUCACCGAUAUCACACACGUGCCGCCACAGUCGGACCAAGACCAGUGCUUUGUUGUCGAGCAAACGCCGACGGCCGACGACUACUGGCACCGGUACUCGUUUAUGUUUAGCCUGUCGUUCCUCGCUGAGCCAAGGUUUCAACGGCUCCUGGCGUCGUACAGCCGCCUCCUGCGCACGGACACGGAUGUGGUCGUAACCCCGGCGUUCCUGACGUUCCGCCCUCGGCAAUUUGUCGUCGGGCGAGGCGGGUACAUGGACGAAGAGUACACGAAAGGUCGCAUCAAGGAGCUGGCGGCAGACGUGGGCAUGACGCACCAGAGUGUGUACAAUGUCGGGUCGACGUGGUUUGGAAAUGCAUCGGUCGUUCUCGAGAUGGUGCCCAAGAUGCUGGACGUGGCCAAGUUCAUCUUGGAAAGCCCUAAGUACGGAGUCGAUCAAGGGUUUCCGAGGUGGCAUGUCGGGGUCGCGUCCAUGUACGCGGGCGAGGUCGUCGUGAACCAUUUCAUUCCGAAACAAGACGUGUGGUUGAACAUGGAGAGCAUCGACAUCAACUGCAAUGGCCACGAAAGGACUGCCGCCGUGUACCACAGCCACUGCUGGCCAGGUGACCAGUACAUUGGCCACUUUAACAAGUGGGCAUAUGAGCGGGGUGAGUACACGACCCAAAAAUUCCCCCGGAACGCUCUCGACUUGACUGUUAUCAACGAUUACUUUAUGGCCAUGGCGUUGUACGGAGAGUAA